AUGGAUCCCAAGUUUCGAGCCGACUUACAGCGGAGAGAACGAGGCAACGACCAGAAGGCGAAGCUGAUUAGCUGGCCCCAUGCUGACUUAGAGACUCACUGCCGCAAGCUUCUCGUAAUCCUGGUUCGCGGGAAGGUCACGGCACUUGUGUCGGAGGCGGUGCCGUUAGUUCGUCCCCCCCUCGAGCGUUGUGGUGUCGAGAUGGUACUGGGCCUGGGAGGACGGGAGAGGUGGGACCCGGCAGGCAAUUUCCUCGAAAGGCCAGACAGUCAAAUGCUAUGUGCGAAGUACCUAGGUGGCGCCGCUAAUGGGCCAAUGGACAUCGAGGCGAUGCCCGCAACCUCCUCUGUCCGCCCUGCCGGUGUUCUGAGGCUGGCGCAAAGAGCUGAAGACUGCGGUGGGCCGCAUUAG